AUGUCAACCCUCCCCUCCCCUUCUCCCUCUUCCUCCUCACCCCUCCACCGUCUAACCCAAACCCUGCUCUUGAUAGACCCUUACACCCUUCCGCCAUACCCCAACCUAUCCAUUGUCACCGGUCCUCUGCAUCCCCCUCUCCAAACUCUCACCCUCCCCCAACUCCUCCUCCGCCAAACCACCAUCCACUCGUCCCGCGAAUGCCUCAUCAUCCCCUGGACAGGCGCACGAUGGACCUAUACGCGACUAUGGGACGAAUCGAAUCUUCUCGCACGCGCGCUAUUGAAAUGGGGUGUGAGACCGCGAGAUCGGGUUGGGAUAAUAGCUGGGAACUGUGAGAAAUAUGUUGCCGUUUUUUUUGCCUGUGCGAGAGUGGGUGCGGUGUGUGUGACGUUGAACAAUACGUAUACGGUUACGGAAGUAGAGGGAGCUUUGAGGUAUACCGGAUGUAAGAUACUGUUCACGACGCCUACUAUCGGGCGGACUGAUAAUAUGCCUCUACUUCUACGGCUACGAGAAUUUGAACGGGGAGGUGAGAAGCUCGAAUUGAAGACAGUAUGCCUUCUACGAGGAGAUGUCGAAGGGUGUUUACGGUAUGAAGACAUGCUAGCGCAAGCGGGCCAGAUCCCAGAGCAACUACUCGAUAUUUUUGACGGGAUAAUUAGUCCGUUCGAUGUAGUGAAUCUUCAAUUCACUAGUGGAAGUACGGGGAAUCCGAAGGCCGCUAUGCUCACACAUCACAACCUCCUAAACAAUGCCCACUUUAUCGGCUCGCGAAUGAAUCUCACACCUCACGACAUCCUCUGCUGUCCACCCCCUCUCUUCCACUGUUUUGGCCUCACGCUCGGCCUCCUCGCAACCCUCACACACGGCGGCAAAGCGGUAUAUCCUGCCGAAGCCUUUGACGCCGAAGCCACACUAAACGCAAUAUCGGAUGAGCGCUGCACAGCUCUCCACGGCGUCCCCGCAAUGCUCGAAUCCAUCCUCAGCCUCCCGCGACCGGGUGGUUGGCAGAGCGAAUUACGGACGGGAAUUGUAGCGGGCAGUCCAGUGCCGAAGUGGUUGAUGGAGAAGAUGGUUGAAGAUUUGGGGAUGGUGGAGUUUACUUCUAGCUACGGGCUUACGGAAGCCUCGCCAACCGUCUUUAACGCCCACACUACUGAUUCCCUUCAUGCUCGACUCACGACUGUGGGGACUGUUAUGCCGCACGCAAGGGUCAAGAUUAUAGAUCGAUAUGGGAAGAUUGUUCCAAUCGGCGUUCGAGGAGAGCUUUGCGUAGCGGGGUAUCAGCUAUGUCGCGGGUAUUGGGAAAACCCGGAGAAGACAGCUGAAGUGCUGGUACAUGAUGAAUUCGGCGAAUUGUGGUUGAAGACUGGGGAUGAAGGGGUACUGGAUGUAGACGGGUAUUGUACGAUUACGGGGAGGUUUAAGGAUAUUAUUAUACGUGGAGGCGAGAAUAUAUAUCCGCUGGAGAUUGAAGAACGACUUGUAGGGCAUCCAGCAAUAUCCCGCGCCAUUGUGGUCGGUGUGUCGCAUCCGCGUUAUGUAGAAGUCCCAGUUGCAUUUCUACAACUCGAAGACGGAGCUCAGAAACCAACGCUCAGCCAGUUGAAGUCUUGGGUAAGAAAUAUAUUGGGAAGACACAAAGCACCUGCGCAUGUGCUGUGGUUGGGCGAAGACUGCGAUACUAAUGUUCCAUUAACGGGGAGCGGAAAGAUAAAGAAAUUUAUACUACGGGAACUUGCGGAAGAGUUGAUGGCCAGAUAG